AUGAUUAACAAAGCAGACUCAGGCUGCAACAAUUCUGUUAUAACUUCAAUAAUUCCAAUUCAACACUGUCAAAUCCUAACUUCAUUACAAUCACAAUCCUUUGAUGGACACUUGAGCUUAAAAAAUAAUGAAGAUGCUGCUAAGGACUUUGGUAACAUACAUCAUUUUCCUCCUCUAGCAGUGUUGCAUCCAAAAACUGUUUCGAAUAUUUCGCGUGCCAUAAAACAUGUUUUUGAAAAAGGGUCUGAUUCAGAGAUGAAGGUAGCGGCUAGAGGCCAUGGACAUUCCCUUCAAGGUCAAGCACAGGCACAUCAAGGACUAGUCAUUAAAAUGGAGUCGCUAAAGGGUCCUGAAAUGAAAAUUCAGACAGGUGAAUUUCCUUAUGUAGAUGUCUCAGGUGGUGAGUUGUGGAUAAACAUUCUGCAUGAGACUCUUCAAUAUAGAUUGGCGCCGAAAUCCUGGAUAGAUUAUCUUCACCUAACAGUUGGAGGCACUCUUUCGAACGCUGGAAUAAGUGGACAAGAUUUUAAACAUGGACCUCAGAUCAAUAACAUCUUCCAGUUGGAAGUUGUCACAAGAAAAUGA